CCCAAGGAGAGUCAUGUGUCCAGCUAGGGGCUGCCUAUAAAAGCUGGCCUGCACCUGUGAUGCCCAGCACUCUGUGCAGCUCCUCAGCUUUGGUUAAAAUGGAUCAAGAUUUGUCCACAGUGGAAAGCCUCAUAAAAAACAUCAUCAGGGUCUUCACCCUGUACUCUGAUAGAAACCCUGUAGAAAUGACCCAAGGGGAACUGAAAGAGUUCCUUGAAAAGGAACUACCAAAUUUCAUCAAGAAGUCAGAGUUUUCGGAAAACCUGUUUAAGCAAUUGGACAAUUCGGAGAAGGAGGAGAAGUACAACCUUGAGGAGCUUUUCGCCAUGUUGGCAAGAAUGGCACAGACGUCCUAAGAGAAGAUGCACAGCAAUGCCUCCCUGCACCUGCCCGCCCAGUGCUACAGGGAAUGUAAU